AUGGUGAAGGCCUUCAAUGUGGCUAUUCAUAUCGCAAUCCUUCAAGCGUCUUUCGCGGGCACUUCGUUUCUAGCAGGAUUGGGUAUUAGCAUGGUUACUUAUCGCUUGUUCUUCCAUCGCGUGCGACGAUUCCCUGGUCCUCUCGGGGCAAAGAUAAGCCGUUUUACAGUCAUGUCCGACGUUAAAAAGUCUGGUAUGAAGUAUCACCAAGAGUUGGAAAAAUUGCAUCGCCAAUAUGGUGACUUUGUCCGGGUCGCUGUCGCGGAUUAUAUACCUCGGUUCCAGGGUAAAACGAAUCUGUUUAUGAAAAGACUCAGUGAGCAUGAGGGCAAAAGCAUCAACAUCACUCAAUGGUCCUUGUUUUACACAUUUGACAUUAUGGGGUUGGUUGCGCUCAGCAAAGAUUACAAGCAACUAGAUGAUUCUGUCGAACACACUGCCAUUGCCGCCAUGCAUAGUCAACUUGACAUGGCUGCCCUGAUUACUCCCAUACCUUGGAUCAUGAAUCUUCUGGGCUGCAUUCCCGGCUUAAAGACACCAAUUGAUUUGUUCGCGGAUUACUCAGCUUCGCAGAUAAAUGAAAGAAGAGCGGAAUGGCAUUCAAACACGAAGGAAACCCCGAUUGACAUCAUUUCUUGGCUAAUUAAGGGAAUGGAUGAUCGUGACCCAGCGGCUCCACCAACUGAUGCAGCAUUAUAUGACGAUGGGAAGCUAGCUAUUAUUGCUGGAAGUGAUACAACGGGGGCAACAUUGGCCAAUGCUUUAUACUUCCUUACAUCGAAUCCCAGCAAAUACCAAAGACUCCAAAAAGAGGUAGACGAAGCGAACUUGAAUGGAGGCGAUGCACCUCCCAUUCCUUACGUCGAUGCCGUUAUCAACGAAACCCUUCGCCUCAAACCGCCUGUUCCUGGUGGAAUGUCGAGAGUUACCCCACCGGAAGGUCUAACCAUCGACGAAGUUUUCAUCCCAGGAAACAUCGUCGUGAUCAGCCCACAACAUGUGGUUCAACGCGAUGAGCGCAAUUUCGAUCGAGCCCUGGAGUUUUUGCCGGAGCGAUGGAUAGAUGAGGGCAAGGAAAUGCACAAAGAUGAGCGCGCAUUCUUUCCGUUUAGCUUAGGUCAUCAUGGUUGCGUCGGCAAACAAUUGGCAAUGGCACAACUGCGUCUCACUUUGCAGCGCAUUGCGAGCGAGUUUGAUCUCGAGUUCGCCCCUGGAGGAAGUCAGGAGACGUUUGACGAAGGUGCUAAGGAUACUUUUACCAUUAAUUGUCCACCCUUGGAUAUGAUUUUCAAGAAACGACAUAUACCUAACUAG